AGUAAACAAUCGCCAUCUUCCCGUGUACCUUUAUUUCAGUGAUUUGCCCGUGUUUAUGUCGUGUUAAUUCGGCCAAGCGACCCGAUUUCCCGAGUCCUUAGGCAUCGAGCUCAUAGCACAACACCUCCGCAGUCCCGUAGGCUCUUCGGAAAGGUGGAAAAAGGCAGGACAUAAGGGCCACCGCCGCCGCACGAUCGCCGCCCGCCGCCUCAACCCCCCGAGUGUCUUUGCGAUUUCCACGUGGAUAGACCCUCGCGCCGCCCCGGGAAUUUGACUCGACCUAAGCUUCGCGAAUCGCACCAUCCCCUGGCCUUUCGGGUUCGGGUCCUUUGAUGAUCGGCCCUCUGCUACGGCCUCCUCUCCUCCUGGUCGUCAGCGUAGUGGCGUUCGCGAUGGCAGGGGCCGGAGCGAAGCCUUACUUACGGUCGAAUUUAGCGCGCACGAUCCACGCCCGGAUGCUGACGGACGGACGCCUGCGCAACAUGAGCCUCGCCGGGCUCUACGCCGUGGACGAGCUCGCCCUGGCCGAUAACGUGCGGGAGCGGUUCGUGCAGCUCUCCACCGACGAGGAGACCAGAAGCUUCCUGGACAACUGCUUCGAACAGUCCGAGUGGAUCUUCACGCAGAUCUGGCACAGCGUGGCCAAGGCGCUGCUCGGGAUGUUCAUGACGCAGACUUCCAUUAACGGAAUGAGGAUUGUGGGAUCGGCCCCGUGA